AUGCCUACCAAAGAUGGUAAAGUAAAAAAGCUCGAUCUUGAAAAUGGUGGUGGUUCUCGUUUAUGUGAUUGGUUUAACAAAGAUAUGUCUUUAAAUGAUAUUUAUCGUCUUAUUUUCAACAUAUUCAAAUUAGGUAAUUUGACGAAAAUAAAUGUUGAUAAUUUCAUAUCUCAAUUUUUGUUUUAUGGAUCACAAGCAGAUACUGAACUUGAAACGUCAUUAUAUGAUUUUCAAUUGCAACCAUUGGAUGUCAAUCAAUAUGAAACAUUUCUUGAAACAUCUGUAAAAACAAGAACGAAUUCAUCCAUAACAUCAAUUGAAUAUAAACAUGUCAAUAAAGAGAAACAAGAUAUUAAUUCAGAACAAAUUGAUAGCUCGUUAUAUGGUAAAGCAUGGAUAAUUGUCGAUUUUUUUUUAAUGAUUUAG